CCUCGCUUUCAACAUUUGUGUGUGAAAUUGAGAUUUUUUUUCCCCAUCUUUUUGUCGCAUCACGCAAUACCCAUCUCCCACCACAUGUUGAGCAACAUAACAGACUAAUUUAAUUUUGUUUUGGUGGAUGAGAUGUGGGGGUUAAUCAUGAUAUUUAGUGUCCCUCUCCUGUAUAAGUUCUUCCCAAGAAUCUAAUUUUUCAAGUUGUUUUUGUGACCCCAAUUGCAUUGUCAUAGUGUUUCAGUCUCUCAUGCAACUUCCAGGCCAAUAAUCUGGCGAACGACGAAUCCAAGGAUUCUUCCUUGUUAACCGGAAUCAAGAUUUUUUUUUAUUUUUUAUUUUUAUAAUUUCUUAUGUUUAUAUAUGUUCAGCAGUUGUCAACACUAGUCAAGGUAGUUGGGUUUUAGAUUCUGGCUGAAAUCAAUGGAGUGCAGCUUUUUUGAUGUCAAAUCUAUUUCUAUGUCUGACAUUGCCCACAUGGGAAGAACAUGUUUGAGCAGUUUUUCCAGCCUCAAGCAAACAGUUGGUGUUAAAAUCAGGCCAAAGUUCUGUUCUUGCAGAGGGCUUUUUUCAAUCCCAAAGGCUUCUUAUUCUGGUACUUCAAGUAAUACUUUUGCAGCAAAGAGAGCUGUUUGUUCAAUUGAUGAAGCAAAACUUGCAGCUGGAAAUUACAUAUUUCAGAUUAAUAUGAAGGAUUCAAAUUUGUUCUCGAGGAAAAUGGGGGUACUUCAUGCCUUUGAUGAUGAGUAUGGUGGAGUUAUAGUUGAUCCAAGGAGAUUGCCAGCUAAUCCAAAUGCAUUUGCUUCAGUGCUUAGAUCCUCUCUUUCUCAUUGGAAAGCCAAGGAAAAGAAGGGAGUUUGGCUUAAGUUGCCUGCGGAAAGGUCAGAUCUUGUUCCAGUUGCUGUAAAGGAAGGAUUUGAAUAUCACCAUGCAGAGCGAGGUUAUGUGAUGUUAACUUACUGGCUUCCUGAAGGACCUUGCAUGCUUCCUGCUAAUGCUUCUCAUCAAGUAGGAGUAGGGGGAUUUGUCAUCAAUGACAACAAUGAGGUUCUUGUAGUGCAAGAGAAAUAUUGUGCUCCAGCAUCUGUUGGUCUUUGGAAAAUACCAACUGGUUACAUUCUUGAGUCUGAGGAGAUUUUCACAGGAGCCGUUAGAGAAGUCAAGGAGGAAACUGGGAUCGAUACCAAGUUUGUUGAGGUUGUUGCAUUCAGGCACGUGCACAACAUGGCCUUUGAAAAGUCAGAUUUGUUCUUCGUCUGUAUGCUGAAUCCUCUAUCAAAUCAGAUUAUGGUUGAUGAUCAUGAAAUUCAAGCUGCCAAGUGGAUGCCAUUAGUUGAGUUUUUAGAGCAACCUCGCAUCCAAGAAGACUCCAUGUUCAAGAAAGUAAUCGAUAUUUGCAUUGAUCGCCUACAGAAACGUUACUGUGGAUUACAUCCUCAUAAACUAGUCUCUGACUUUGAUGGCAAGUUAUCUUCACUGUACUACAAUGUCAUCGACUCCCAAGAUACCACCUGUGUAGGCAGCUAGAGCCAUUCAAAUGCUACCAAUUCUAGCUGAGAUGCAGCUGAUUCUUGACAUGUAACCAUACGAAUAACUUUUAUAUGUAAAUACAUAUUGAGUGUAAAAAAUGUGGUUUCUGUACAUUUGUGACAAUCAUAUAAUCAUAAGUUAUUGAAC